AUGAAGAUGGACCAGCACUCAGAAGCCCAACCACAAGAAAAGUCCCCACCAAGAAUCUCAGCCGAAACGUCAACGACCGAUGCGACAGGAACAAAAGAUGAAGCUCUGGCACUCGCAGGGGAAACAGCACGAGCAAUCGAUCCAGCCAUGGAGCGCCGCGUGCUCCGCAAGAUCGACCUCUUCCUGAUGCCAGCAAUGGUCAUCGGCUACGGACUAGUCUACUACGACAAAGCUAUCUUGGGCAGUGCUGUUCUCUUUGGCAUGACAGGAGAUCUACACCUUACAGUCGUCGAUCGCACGACCACGCCACCAACUACCAGUACAGACCGCUUGAGUUGGGCAACCUCACUGUUCUACUUUGGCAUGCUGGCUGGCUUAUACCCCAUGAGUUUCGCUCUCCAAAAAUUCGACAUUGGAAAAAUCCUUGGUCCUAUCGUUGUGCUGUGGGGUGGCAUCUGUAUGUUGACUGCAGCAGUACAAGAUUGGCGUGGUUUAUUCGUGCAAAGAUUCGCCUUGGGAUUCGUGGAAAGUAUCAUUCCUACUGGCUUUUCUUGCAUCGUUUCUGGUUACUACACUCAAAGAGAGCAGACUUUUCGACAGGCUUGGUGGUUCUCUGGUACCGGUCUCUUCACCAUUAUUGGAAGUGCUUUGAACUAUGGCUUUGGCCAGAUUACUGGAGGUGAUCUUAGGCGCUGGCAGUAUAUCUACCUACUUGCUGGUGCUUUGACGAUAGUAUUUGGCGGUUGGUGCUUUUUGGUGCCGAACUCGCCGGUCAGUGCUUGGUUCUUGACACCUGAAGAGCGCAUUGUUGCUGUCGAGAGGCUUCGUAAAGGACAGACUGGCGUUCGCUGCAAGGAGAUCAAGAUGUAUCAGAUCAGAGAGGCCCUGAUGGACAUCAAAGUGUGGCUGGUGUUCAUCAUGAUGGGUUGUGCCUAUACUGUCAAUGGUGCUGUAGCUGGCUUUGGUCCGUUGAUUGUCAGCACUUUUGGCUGGAACACUCUCCAGUCCAUCUUGCUACAGUUCCCUGUCGGCGGCAUCAGCUGGUUAGGUAUCCUGCUUGCGGGCUUCAUCCCGCUCUACGUGCGAAACUUCAGAGUCAUAAUCCUGGUCAUCUGCUGUCUACCAGUUAUCGCCGGCUGCUGCAUGAUCUGGAAAGCAGACUGGACCCAUCACGCCGCUGCUCCAGUAGUGGGGUACUCAAUCAUCGGCUUCUUUGGUCCUGUCGUCUCACUCAUCAUCGCCCUGGGAAUGUCAAAUGUAGCAGGCGCGACCAAGAAGAGCUUCAUGUCCGCUGCUAUCUUCGUUGCCUACUGUGUCGGCAAUAUCGUCGGUCCGCAGCUCAUCAAGAGCGAAACCCGUCGCCAACACUAUCCCGAGCUUUGGACUGGGCUUAUCAUCUUCUACUGCAUCACCAUCGCCGCUUCUGUUGCUUUGUACUAUGUCAUGUGGCGUGAGAACAAGCGAAGAGAUGGAUUCAAUCUGAGUGAAGAAGAUGCUGAUAAACUUGCAUUCAGAGAUCUCACUGACAAGGAGAAUCUGCAUUUCCGAUAUGUUCUGUGA